CAAGAGGGAGAAAGAGAGAGAGAAGCUAUGAAAACAGGUAGGUGGGCAGAAGCCGGAUGAGUAUGCAGUAGAAGCUGAAGGCUUCGCAGUCCGAGCCGUUAAACACACUGCUAUCUCUGCAUCUCAUGCACACAAACACACGCUGCCUUCAGAUAAUGGGAGAAAAGGCAGCGUCGCAGCAUUAAAGAAGCAAGGACUGCUUGGGAGGGGGGACACUCUCUCUGGCUUGGACCAUGAGCAAUGAGUCUGCCAUAUGGAACCUAACAGAACACCCCACCGACGUCCCGUUGUCGUCAGGGACACAGAAUGGCUAUGUCCUCCUGCUGGUCCUCUUGUCCAUUUUUGUCGGGGGGACAGUGGUCCUGCUCUCUGUCCUUCUGAUUGUCUGUCGUCGAUGUUGUGAAGGGGACAGACGCCAUGCGUGGUUCAUUGUUUGCCUCAGGGCUAGCGAUGACACCGAGAAAAGUAAUACCACAUAUAUUGAGGAGGCCCAGCCAGUGCAUGAGAUUACGAUUCGCAUUGAUGAGUCAGACUGCCUGUCGGCAGCCAGCUCCCACGACAUGGAGACAGAGCGUUUCCUUUCCACGGGCACAACCGGCCGCCGGGUCUCCUUCAACGAAGCAGCACUCUUCGAUCACAGCAAAAAACCACAGGAGAAAGGUCGAAGGUACACGCUUACGGAGGGCGACUUCCAUCACUUGAAGAACGCGCGGCUCACCCACCUCCACUUCCCUCCACCCGCCCUCCAGAUACUCACCAUCCACGAGUGUGAGUCAUCAGAGAACAGUAUUGCCAUGACAACGCGCCCCGUCGCUAAAUCCAGCCUCUCAAUUUUCCAGCCACCAGUGUGUUCACUGCCACAGACUGCCCUGAUCAGCCGAAGUCUCAGUCCCAGCUCUGCCCUUCCUGGCGACGCUCUCAACUCCACUGUACACACAACGUUCUGUGAGAGCAUUGCGGCGGCCGGUCCUGAGCCCUCCAGUCCAUGUCUAAUGGAGGUCAGAGGAGGAGUCGGCAGAAACGCAGGCAUCAUGGGUAAUGGUAGAGAGGGUGCAUCGGCCUCAGCCACGGCCCUGUCCUCAUCUGGAGGGGCCCCGCAGGGCCCAAUGCUGCAGUUCUUCACCAAGCUCCGCCGACACGCCAGCCUUGAGGGAGCAAGUCCCUAUUUCAAGAUCAAGAAAUGGAAGUUUGACAGCAGCCAAAGAGCUUCAAGUCUAGACAUGAGAGGCUCCCCCAAACGGAGGCAGUUCCAGCGGCAGCGUGCAGCCAGCGAGAGCAUGGACCAAGAGGAGCAUGACGCCCAUCACAUCGACCUCAUCCAAUACAUCGCUCGCACCAAGGAUGUUACCUACUGCCCCACCCGGCCCAGUCCACGCCUUCUGUCCCCCCCUUCCACACCCCCACCCUCCCUCGGCAGGUUAGAGGUGGAGGUGAUGGUGGAGCCGAGCUGCAGCAGAGCGAUGGGUCCCGGGGUGAUCGGCCUUACCUCCGAGCCCCCAGAUGAGAGUCUUGGAAUGGGCUGUCAUCAGGAGAGUUUAGAACCUCAGACCUUGUACCGUGAUAUCUGGACUCUUCGCGCCUCCCUCGAGCGGUAUGUCUCGUCCGACCAGAGCAGCAACAAUGACAAAGACUCAGUCCGUAGUGACGCAGAAAGCGUGUGCUCUAUAGGGGGUAAGACCGAGAUGGGACGACUGCCUAGGUUCCCCUCACAGGAUAUUGGGGAUGAGAUAGAGGGGGAUGCAGACUUGCCUCUAGAUGAGGGAUCGGAGAAAAGUCGUAAGCAGGAUAGUGUCGAUUCUGAAAGAGGAAGUGACGGGGAGCCAGGAAACCGCAAGCUCCUCCAGAUGGACAGCGGUUACGCCUCGAUAGAAGCACCUCCGCGUGCUCCUGAGGAGCUGCGACUGUUCGGAAGCAGCAGUAGCAGUAAAGACGGCUCCGCCGUGGAGCGCAGGCACUUCUUCAGUUCCGACCGCAAAGGGACCGUGUGCGAGAGCUUCGACACGGAGAUCUUUGAAGAAGAACUCGAAAUGGAACCAGCAGGUGCCAGUGGUGGUGUGGACGGAGUGGAAACGGACAAGAGCACCAUUCUGUGGUCCCCUUACGGCCAGAUGUUCACUCAACGGAAUGAUCAACCUCAUCCCCCCGUCCUUUCCCGCCGCGACUACAGCAUCGACGAGAAAACCGACGCACUUUUCAACGAGUACUUGCGGCACGACCCACAGUUCGAUCAGCAGGAGUCCCCGCUGCGCUCCAAGCAUCGUUCUCGCGUGCACCUGCGCAAGCAGUGGCAGCGCUCCAAACAAUACAGCGACCCCGGCCAGCGCUUCCAAACCUCUUUUGACCGGUACCGCUCUCCGCUCCGACGUGGCGAAACUGUCAACUAUCCUUUAGAGACUAGCUACCACAGCACGCUCCCACGAAUCAUUAGUGCACCCGAUGAAGAGAGCAGCGAAGGUGCAACCAGUACUCCCGAGACACCCAAGGCAGAUCAGGAUACUGCUACUGAUGUGGAUCCAGACAACAUAAGAAUAUCUUCCAGCACUGAAAGCAGUGGAACCAUCAACGAAAAGGAAGUCCUUGAGGCAUCACAGCCCCUUCCAACAAUUGACAUUGCUGGAGAGCAAUCGGUGGACCGGGAGAACUCUAGGCUAGCAUUGCCACCCCCUCAGCCUCCUGAUGAGUGUACGCACAAAUGUACAAGCUACGGCCCACAGACAAUCACAGAAGAGCUGAGUGACAAGCUAGCGGCUACCCUCGAAGAGCGGCUGUACUCGGAUCUCCGCAGGACCAGGGAACCGUCCGAGUGUAGUGCAGUGACUAUGACCUACACAUCGCCCGAUCACAGUCCAGUGUAGCAUGUGGCUCCCUUCAUCUCCUCGUACAAGAACACUUCGCAGCAAGAACAGGUCCAUAGUUUUGAUCAACAUUGGCUCUGAUCUGGAACAGGUUUACUUUGGUCAUUUAAAUGAAGUUGAAAUCAUUGUCAUUAUGUCCUAGACCAAUGGUGUAGAGGCAUUUCUUCCAUGCCCAUUGUUAAAUAAGAGCAGUUAAGGCGCAUACCUCACGUUGCUCAGUGGACCAAGUCUUAAACAAAUGAAAUGUCAAAGUCUGUUAUUAAAGCUCUCCAUUUAGCUACUCGUUGACUUCAAAAGCCAAUAUUUUCUCUGCACUAGGUAAUCCACUGUGAAUUUGGGUGCUAUUAGAUUAAAUAUUGAUUAUAUUUGUAAGUGCAUGAAUUUUAUUGCAAUGCUGCCUAUCUGGAUGUCUGUUCAUGACCCAAAUUAAUAAUAUUAUUAUCAUUUUAUUUUUAUUUUGAAAGAACAAGAUAGCCCUCUGUUU